UUCGGCCGCCAACAGAUGGGGAGAGGAGAGGAGCCUAGACCCGCGUGGUCCCUCCCAACCACCCUCCCUGCGGGACUAGCAGCCCUGGCAGCGCGCAGGCAGGCAAACCCGGCCCGCGCAGCCCCGCUCGCACAGCUCCGGCCGCCCGUCUGCCGAGCGGACGCAGCCACCCGCCCGCAACCACGGACCUGGGACCUGAGACCUCGAACCCCGGACGCGCGCGGCAGCCACUCGGGACGCUUGCAUUGCUGGAGCGCGGCGACCGGCCUUGAGCGCGGAGGGGCGAGCCCGCCGCCCGAGCGCCCCGGCCCGAAGCGGCGCAGGAGCGGCGGCGCCCGAGCACCCGACGGCGGGGUCCGCGUCCCGGCCGCCGCCGGCCAGCACCGAGCCGCCAAGGGGGCGCCCCCGCCGCCCGGCACGCCGCCUCCCUCCCCGAUGUCCUCGGCCAUCGAGAGGAAGAGCCUGGACCCUUCGGAGGAGCCCGUGGAUGAGGUGCUGCAGAUCCCCCCGUCCCUGCUGACAUGUGGAGGCUGCCAGCAGAACAUCGGGGACCGCUACUUCCUGAAGGCCAUCGACCAGUACUGGCAUGAGGACUGCCUCAGCUGUGACCUCUGCGGCUGCCGGCUGGGCGAGGUGGGCCGGCGCCUCUACUACAAGCUGGGCCGCAAGCUCUGCCGGAGGGACUAUCUCAGGCUUUUUGGCCAAGACGGUCUCUGUGCCUCCUGUGACAAGCGGAUCCGUGCCUACGAGAUGACGAUGCGGGUGAAGGACAAGGUGUACCACCUGGAGUGUUUCAAAUGCGCCGCCUGCCAGAAGCACUUCUGCGUGGGCGACAGAUACCUGCUCAUCAACUCCGACAUAGUGUGCGAACAGGACAUCUACGAGUGGACUAAGAUCAACGGCAUGAUCUAGGCAUGCCGGGGGAGGGGGGGGCGUUCCGCUGACGUCACCGUCUCCAGGGGGGUCCUCACUCUGAGGCACUUUGGGGAUUCCAGGGCGGGAUGAGGCAUUUCGUAGGGGGCGGUAGACCCUAAUUGGGCACAAGACACAGCAUCUAAGUGACAUAAUGCAAAAAAAAAAGAUACCUAAAUGCGACACAACGACCAGCCGUUAGGGAGAACGUAUGGCUGGUAGCCACAGCCUAACCCAUGAUCACUGACAUGAUUCGUGAAGGAAAGGAGUGUUCGGGGAGGGGGCAGCACGUGGGCCAUCAUGGCGGAACUUUACACCUACAGGUAGGGAGUUGUGGGAAGACAUGCUAUGGCUUUGACCCUUGGCAACUAGAGGCGUGCAAUUGGUUUCUUUACUUCCUGGCUUUCCUGUCAACCCUGUUCCAAUCACUGUCCUCCUCUCAUGAGAACGAAGCAGCAUGGAGACACAUUUCAGUUGAAAAUGGGAACUGCAGCGCUCAGCCACCCAAUUAUUUAAAGCCACACUGACGCACCCCUGUGUUUAGAUCCCUUAGUUUCGAGGUGAGGAGUUCCACAGAUGGUUUCUAUACAAAUGUAAAUCUAAAAAAAAAAAAAAAAAAAAAGGUGGUUCAACUAUUUUGUUAUGUUAGAUUAUAUCCAAGUAUGUGUUGUGUGUCGUUA